CAAGAGUGCAGAGUCCGGAGUUCGAGACACGCGAGGCGAGGGUGAUAUCACGCCCUCCUUGACUCUUGAAUUAUACAGCGCCACCAUCAAUAUUGGAUGUUUUGAGGAAUCCAGUGCAACUCAGCACAUCCAGAGCCAUCGAUUUGCGGAAACAAAAAUCCACCAGCAACCCCCGUCACGAUGUCAUCAGACCAGUCUUCGUCAGAGUCCCAAGCCUCAAUGCUCGGCGGGCAUGUCAAGUACGUGCAAGGUGCCAUCUCCUCCGCAGUGGGAUACGAGUCCGGGGCGCAGACAAAAGCCGAGGCCAUGCAAGAGAUGAAGGACGCGAAAGCUCAGUCAGAUUCCACCCAAGGACAGCCCGCCCAGUCAUCGGUUUUGGGAGUGGUUGAGAACGCAGCGGGCAGGGUCACGGGAUGCGAAGGCAUGGUUGAUGAGGGGAAUAAGAGGAUGCCAGAGAAGAGGGGUGUGGAGGAGCAGAGUGGCACGGGCUGAACAAUGUAAACGAAAGUGAGAAGGAAGAGCGAAAGGUGCUCACGGAUAUACACCCGAGGAGAUGAAGAUUCAGCAAGGCUGCGCGCACGCAAAGUGCAGACCCGUUGCGGCGUUCUGGCGAGUACUCCUCUUUCUCAGGCCAUCAACUUGACAUUUUUCUGGUCUUGCCAAAUUCUCAAUCCACGCAAUAUGAGUUUCACCUUCGAGUCGGCGGAAGACGUCGAUUAUUCCCUG